GCCGGGGCCGGACGCGGGCUUCCUGCCGCCCGAGCCGGGCGAGCACCUGGGAGCCGGCCCCGGCAGGCCGGGAGCCCCGGCGGCAGGGGAAGGAAGGGAGGGAGCCCCGCGCCCCCCGGCCCCGCUCACGGGGGAAGCGAGAGCGGCGGCGGCGGCCGGGAGAGGAGGCAGAGCGGCCGCGGAGCGGAGCAUGGAGCGCAGCUGCCACCCCUCGCCUGAGCAGGAAGCGGUGGAAGCGUGGCUGGACGAUCACUGCGACUUCACCCGCUCCUACUUUGUCAGGAAAGCCACAAGAGAAAUGGUUAAUGCAUGGUUUGCUGAGAGAGUUCAUACCAUCCCUGUCUGCAAGGAGGGGACCAAGUCUCAGAGUGAAUCCUGUGCUUGUCACCAGCCUGCCUGCCCUGAGACCACCAACUCUGGAACACCAGCAAGGAAAAUCUCUGCUUCAGAAUUUGACAGACCCUUAAGGCCGAUUUUUGUCAAGGACUCGGUAGGAGCAGUAAGCUUCCUUUCUGGCUCUGAAAAGAAGGAACAGAUGCCUCUGCAAUCUCCAAGGACUGGGACCAGUGCAGGGGAUCGGUGCUCAAGGCUUUUGGAACUUGUGAAAGACAUUUCUAGUCAUUUGGAUGUCACAGCACUUUGCCAUAAAAUUUUCCUACAUAUCCAUGAGCUUAUAGCUGCUGAUCGCUAUUCCCUGUUCUUGGUCUGUGAGGAUAGCUCUAACGAGAAGUUUCUUGUAAGCAGGCUGUUUGAUGUGGCUGAAGGUUCCACCCUAGAAGAAGCUUCAAAUAACUGCAUUCGCCUGGAGUGGAACAAGGGCAUCGUGGGCCACGUAGCUGCUACAGGCCAGCCUCUGAACAUCAAGAAUGCAUAUGAGGAUCCGAGAUUCAAUGCAGAAGUUGACCAGAUCACAGGGUAUAAGACUCAGAGUAUUCUAUGUAUGCCAAUAAAGAAUCAUAGGGAAGAGGUUGUUGGUGUGGCUCAAGCAAUUAAUAAGAAAUCUGGAACUGGUGGGACUUUCACGGAACAAGAUGAAAAGGAUUUUGCUGCAUAUUUGGCAUUUUGUGGAAUUGUUCUUCACAACGCUCAAUUGUAUGAAACAUCUUUGCUUGAAAACAGGCGUAAUCAGGUGCUUCUUGAUCUUGCCAGCCUUAUUUUUGAAGAACAGCAGUCUUUGGAAGUAAUUCUGAAGAAGAUAGCUGCCACAAUAAUAUCCUUCAUGCAAGUGCAGAGGUGUACCAUCUUCAUAGUGGACGAAGAUUGCACUGAUUCAUUUUCUAGUGUGUUUCAUAUGGAAGCUGAGGAAUUAGAAGAUUCAGCAGAAAAUCAGAAGAGGGACUACGAUACAAACAAAAUCAAUUAUAUGUAUGCUCAGUAUGUCAAGAAUACAAUGGAGCCUCUCAACAUCCCAGAUGUCUGUAAAGACAGAAGAUUUCCCUGGACAACUGACAAUGCAGAAAGUGUAAGUCAACAUAUAAAGAGUUUGCUGUGUACACCAAUAAAAAAUGGGAAAAAGAAUAAGGUGAUAGGGGUUUGCCAGCUUGUGAAUAAGAUGGAAGAAAACUCAGGCAAGAUCAAGGCUUUCAACAGAAAUGAUGAGCAGUUUCUGGAAGCAUUUGUCAUCUUUUGUGGCUUGGGGAUUCAGAAUACACAGAUGUAUGAAGCUGUAGAAAGAGCAAUGGCCAAACAGAUGGUGACAUUAGAGGUUCUCUCAUACCAUGCUUCUGCUGCUGAGGAGGAAACAAGGGAGCUGCAGGUAACAGCGGCUGCUGUAGUACCAUCUGCACAAUCUCUCAACCUGACUGACUUCAACUUCAGUGAUUUUGAGCUAUCAGAUUUUGAAACAACACUGUGUACAAUUCGAAUGUUCACAGACCUCAACUUGGUGCAGAAUUUUCAAAUGAAACAUGAGGUUCUCUGCAGAUGGAUUUUAAGUGUGAAGAAAAAUUAUCGGAAAAAUGUUGCUUAUCACAAUUGGAGACAUGCCUUUAAUACAGCACAGUGCAUGUUUGCUGCUUUAAAAUCUGGUAAAAUUCAGAGCAAACUGACUGACUUGGAAACACUGGCUUUGCUGAUAGCAACUCUAAGCCAUGAUUUGGAUCACAGGGGAGUGAACAACUCUUACAUACAAAGAAGUGAACAUCCUCUGGCUCAACUGUAUUGCCAUUCCAUCAUGGAGCAUCACCAUUUUGAUCAAUGCCUGAUGAUUCUGAAUAGUCCAGGAAAUCAGAUUCUCAGCAGCCUUUCCAUUGAAGAAUACAAGGCAACACUGAAAAUGAUAAAACAAGCCAUCCUUGCAACAGACCUAGCACUAUACAUAAAGAGGAGAGGAGAAUUUUUUGAACUUCUAAGAAAAAAGCAGUUUAAUUGGGAAGAUCCUAUGCAGAAGGAGCUAUUUUUAGCAAUGCUGAUGACUGCUUGUGAUUUAUCAGCUAUCACCAAACCGUGGCCAGUUCAGCAACGGAUUGCUGAGCUUGUAGCUACUGAGUUCUUUGAUCAGGGAGAUAAAGAGCGGAAGGAACUCAACAUAGAACCAACAGAUCUAAUGAACAGAGAGAAGAAAAACAAAAUUCCAAGCAUGCAGGUUGGAUUCAUUGAUGCUGUUUGCUUGCAGCUGUAUGAGGCCCUAACACAUGUAUCAGAGGCCUGCUACCCUUUACUGGAUGGCUGUAGAAAAAAUAGGCAGAAAUGGCAAUCCUUAGCUGAACAACAAGAGAAGAAUCUGAUUAAUGGAGAAAGCAAUCAAGCCAAACGGACCUGAGAUGCCAGUUUAAAAACCACAAGCUUAAGUUCACCUAGAAGAUGUAGUAAUAGGGAGUACUGCAUUCUACUAAACACUGUAUGGAUUUGGAUUAUGUUUUUGCCACUGCUGUAUUAUUUUUCCACAUUUCAAUAUAUAGUGUGACUGUGUAUAUGCCAAGAUCAUAUAAUUCUUUUAUUACAUCUAAGUGAGAUGGAAAAAGAUCUGCAGUUAGUUUAUAUAACCUAUUCCCUAGAAGGUAUGAGUGCAGUUUACUCGAGUGUCCCUGAGAGCCUAAUUACUUCAUAGAUGUACAUAUAGUUGUUCAGUGAUUAUGUUGUGGCCAGUAUCUUAAAGACUACUGCAUUUCGCACCUUUUUUCCUCUUUCAGUCUUGCUGUGUUAGGCUGUAAAAGAAAUGCACAGUCUUGCCUGUUCUCUUCCCAGAGGUUUAGAAGAAAAACUGGGACUAAUGCUGGCAAGCCUGAUCCAGCAUCUACUAUACUAACCUCUUCCAGGAAACAGAACUGGGCUUUGAAGUGGAGAAGCCCCAGAAUUUGUGUACCCAGUAGCCUUUUCAUAUUAUAAGAAUGUCUUAGCAAUGUGUUACAUUUUUAAAAAACCCUGUGAAUUACUAGGCAAUGGGGGGCUUAGGAGUUUCGUGGUACAGGUGUCAUAAUUAUCCAUAGAUAAUGGAAAUUGCUUGAAGACUGAUGAAAUACAUCACAACAUAACUGACAGGCUGCAUGCCUUGGAAGAAUGACCGCAAGAAGCAGAGAGGUUGAAACUAAACAAGAUAUUUCUGUAUGCUCAUUUUAACUUCAUUUUGAAGUUGAAUUUAACAUUGUCAUAACAAAUAAACUGAAUCACAGGCAGGAAAGGAGAAGAAAUGUGACUGCAAGAGCAAGGGAUGGAAAUCCAAAUUGGAAUGAUGCAGGAAUGGCAUGCUUCCAGUAGCCAUCAGUGGCCAGUGCUAUUAAUGACCAUCAAUAGGCCAGUGUUGUUAUGAAAUGGCUAUGACCACUUUGAAGAAAGUAUUAUGUUAACAUAUUUUUAAAGACAUUUUUAGCACUCGUUAGCGUUAAAAAUUAUCUAUCACUAUGUCUUAAAGGAACAUGAAAAAAGAAUACUGAAAGCAAAAAUAGCCCAGAAUGCUACAGGGAUUUACUGUUUGUACAUAUGAAUCAACAUUCAGCAAACUACGAAUCAAUUAGCGUGCACUAGGAAAAGAAGGCAUUGAUAUUUCAUUCAAACAAAGAUGAUUAAUAAAAAUGAUUUUGAACUCAUCACUGGGAGCCAGUUCAAGAAAAUAUACACAUAAGACAGUCAAAAAAAUAAAGCAGUACAAAGAGAGUACAAUUUCGUUGAGCAGGAUUAAGAAAUUAACGUCAGCAUUCUUAGACUGAUUAGUAGUAAUUUCAGUUACACAGAGACAGAAAAUGUUGAUUUUUUUUUUUAUUUUAUCUUUAGUAAUGACUCUGUAGUUAAAAUUAAUAAAAGUAAUACAUUUGGGAUUAUGCUUUCAAGUACAGGAGUUAGUUUGUAUUGCAGUAAUCCAGAAAAUUCUAGUUGAAAACUGCAAUGCAUUAGUCUUCCCAGAUUAUCAAUCCCACCUGCAGUAGCUGCUCAGAAGGACACUGAAAAGGAGCUCUUUUUGUCAGUCUCUGCAUUUAGAUAAGCAACAUCAGAAGCUAACAAGAAAUGAAGAAAGUGUUUCAAAAUGUUCCACACUACUGUUUUUCACGGUCACUUUGUUGAUUUUUUUGAUGUAGACCAAGGAAUUCUGACAGUUUGCAGCAUUUCUGCCAACAUCUAUCAUUUGUUACUGAUUAAGUCCUAUAUCAAAUUACUCUUACGACUACCAGUAAUAAUUUAUUGCAGCUGAAUGUGAAAGUAUUUUUUCUAUAAAAGUAUUUCUCCUAUGAGGUGUUGGUUUUUGGUUUUUUUUUUUCCAGGUUUUCAGAAACAAAAAAAAAAUUGUGGAAUUCAACAAUAAUUAAGAUUUCUAGAGCUAUUUUGAAUUUGUAUCUACACAUGUGUAUUUACAUGUGUAUUUCAUGGCACAAUAUGUGUGUGCAACAGGUCAUGGCUCUGCACAAAAAUUACAGCAGCCUGCCUUGCCCCAACCUUCCAGCUCAAAAAGGGAAAAAAACCUAAGCUUUUAGGUACUUUUUGAUAAAUAGGAAUUUUGCUUCACAAUUUGCAUAGUACUCAUAUAUCCUUUUCCUUGAAUGUCUGAGAUUAUAAAAUAUGUCAACUGAUAAAGUACAUAUUUAAUAUAAAUAUGAACACAAUGUAUGUAUAUAAAGGUGUAUUCUUGUUGGUAUGGUUGAGACUAGCAAUUCAUGGAGACAGCACAGCAAAUCAACUAUGGUGACAUUACAGUGUAGUGACCUAUCAUUUACAGUAAGAUUCCAGUAACUAUAUUUCUCUGCUAUAUUGUGUGUCAACAAAACUUUAUUAGACAUUAACUUAUAAAUCUUAGAAAAGAAUUCUGGAUUCUUACCUUGGACUUGACAAAAAUGCAUGACAAUCUGCAAUUCUUCAAAGGUUCACUUAAAAUGAACAAAGCUAUACAGUAUGUGCAUACAUGCAAUUACAUAUUUGUACGCAUUUAUCAUACAAAAUCUCUUCCACUACCAAGAUUCAACUACAGAAAUACAGUUCUUAGUGAUUAAACUAUUUAAAUGUCACAAUAUGCUUGUAUCUGUAUAUAUUUCUACCAAGAAAAAAAAAAAAAAAAAGCCAUUAAACUACUGGUUUAAGAAUUUUAAAAGCAUAUUUUGCUGUUGUUUCAUGAAAAAUCAGAGUGUUACACUCUGUGUGAAAGCAAAGGGUGCCAGUUUUGUUUCAUAGCUCUGUGUGGAUUGUUUGCAGAAAAUUUUUCUUUUAUUUCAUAGUGUAGGUAGAUGAAAAUAUGAGAAAGAAAAAAAAAAAAAA